AUGCGCGCGGCCGUUGAGCGCGGCGGGUGGUGGUGGCGUCGCGGCGGCGGCCGGCGGCAGUGUGCUGGCAGCCCCCGGGAGCGCGGCAUGGGUGGCGCGCUGCUGCUCGCGUUGCUGGCGGCGGCGCGGGCCGGCGAGCCCAACGCGACGAACGCCACGCUGCAGCCGGACGAGGAGAAGGCGCCGCUCUUCCCCGAGGACCUGUUCACGGAGGAGCAGAGACGCUCCGGCGCGGUCCUCCUCCACGUGCUCGGCAUGGGCUACAUGUUCGUGGCGCUCGCGAUCGUCUGCGACGAGUUCUUCGUACCCGCGCUCGACGUCAUCAUAGAGAGGCUCGCGAUAAGGGACGACGUGGCCGGCGCGACGUUCAUGGCGGCCGGCGGCUCCGCGCCCGAGCUGUUCACCUCCAUCAUCGGCGUGUUCGUCUCGUUCGACGACGUCGGCAUCGGAACGAUUGUCGGCUCGGCCGUGUUCAACAUCCUGUUCGUGAUCGGUGCCUGCGCGCUGUUCUCGCGGACCACCCUCUCGCUCACCUGGUGGCCCCUCUUCCGCGACUGCACCUUCUACUCGAUUAGCCUGCUAGUGUUGAUAUAUUGCUUCCGGGACAGCAUGAUAUACUGGCAGGAGGCGCUCGUACUGUUCUCCCUGUACGGCGCCUACGUUAUGUUCAUGAGGUGGAACCAGCCCGUGGAGAGGGCGCUGAAGAAGCUCAUCUACAAGAACAAGGUGACCAGAGUUAGAAGUACUGAUCAGCUGAUGCCUACGGUGAAAACUAUUGUUUCAAAUGUGCGCCGCUGCAUUUCCCUUAAACAAAACGUACUCAUGAAAAACCACCGUUACGUAAGCGAAGCCGCAAACAAUCGUGAGUAUUGUACGCGGACUGUAGCGGCGCUGCUUCUUGAACUCGCCGUAGACGGCUACGGCACUGCCUUAGUG